AUUAAGUUCCAUUCACACUGAAAAUUCAACCAAAAGGAAAAAAGGUGAUUAAUUGUCUCUACAUAUUAUACAUAUAUACACUAUACCUUUGUUGAAAAUAAAUUAGUUAUUGAUUCAAUCAUGGAAGAAGUAGAGAACAUGAGCAUCACUUUCUCCUCCAAGGAAGAGGAAGAAGACUUGCAGCUUCCCGGCUUCCGGUUCCACCCGACCGAUGAAGAGCUCGUCGGCUUCUAUCUCAGGCGCAAGGUCGAAAAGCGCCCCAUCCGGCUCGACCUAAUCAAGCACGUCGAUAUCUACAAAUUCGACCCGUGGGAUCUUCCAAAAUCGGGAGGCGGCGGCGCGGGGGAGAAGGAGUGGUACUUCUUCUGUAGAAGAGGGAGGAAGUACAAGAACAGCAUGAGGCCGAAUAGGGUGACGCGGUCGGGUUUUUGGAAGGCGACCGGGAUCGACCGCCCUAUUUACUCGUCGGGCCGCGAAUGCAUUGGCCUUAAGAAGUCUCUCGUCUACUACCGCGGCUCGGCCGGUAAGGGCACCAAGACUGAUUGGAUGAUGCAUGAGUUCCGCCUCCCCGGCCCCCACGACUCCGGGGCCAAACAGGAAGCGGAAGUGUGGACGUUGUGCCGCAUACUAAAGCGCGGCACCUCCUACAGGAAGUGCGUGCCGGACUGGAAGGAAAUGGCGGCGGCGAAGAGGCCGAGCAACGCCUCCGCGAGCUCGGAGACGUGCAGCGUGGAGUCGUGCGACGGGCGAAGCGGCGGAAGCUAUAUAAGCUUCAACGCUCCGCUUACAAAGAAGCAAUUAGUAGUAACACCUGAGACAAGCACAAGUGUUGAGAGCUUGAUGAAUGUGCAACAUCAUCAUCAUCAUUCCUCUUCUGCAAGUUACAAUUUGCUCAUAUCGUGUUUGGGUUCAAGAUCUCCGGUCCCGUUUCUCGCUCGUACAACAUUCGAAAAGUCCUUUGCAGCCCACAUUCCACACGGAUAAGUGUUCGUUUUUGUGCAAAGUUCAAGGUAAUUUUGCUGCAGAUUUUCUCUCCCAUUAUACGUAUAGCUUUCAUACAGGACUUCAUAUUCUAGAUGGCCUUCCACUGGGUAUGAAUGUUUGGCUACUACAUAAUAGAUUAGGUGUUUCUUACUUGCGACAGAUUCUUCAGUUUUAAAAAAGAAGGUCCAAAAUUUCCUCUGA